AGUGUUGUAUUAAAUUAAUAUAUGUUUUGAUCAUCAAAUGCGUUGACAUUUUAAAGAAAACGAUUUAUUAAUUGUUUUAAUUAUUUUGUGAAAUCGUUAAAUGUUUUCAGAUAUUAGUCGAUAAUAAUUGAGAUAAAAGAGAAAUGGAUGACUAUUAUUGUGUCGAAGAGUUUUCUGACAAUGAAGUCGUUGACAGCAGUAGUGACGAUGAAGACUUCAAGUCGUUGUUCACGUUUAAUGAAGACUCUGUAGACUUUGAGACAGAGAUGGAAAGAGAAAGAAUGGAAAGAGUGAAUCAUAUCUAUAAACAGAAUGACACACAAAAGCCAAGCACUUCCAGCCAACAGACGACAAGUGAAGACGGAAAUGAUAAACAAAAUGUAAAGACAGAUUCAAAUGAGACAAAUACUGCCAUAAAUGAUGAACUGUUGUACGAUCCGAAAGCUGAUGAAAACGACCAGAAAUGGGUCGAUAAUCAUCGUCUUGUGGCCACAACGCGUACCGAGAAGGGAACGGUUGGUAAGAGUGACGCCACACUCAACUGUCCCGCGUGUCUGACGCUGUUGUGUCACGACUGUCAACGACAUGAUAUCUACCGAACCCAAUACAGAGCUAUGUUUGUAUAUAAUUGUCGAAUUAAUUUUACCGAAAGACUUCAGUUUAAAGACAAACAACAAAAUAAACGUAAAUCGAAAGUCGAAAGAAGCCGAAAAACAGAUGACUAUUAUCCAGUUUUCUGUAAUAUAUGCAAUACUCGGGUCGCUGUCUAUGAUAACGACGAAGUCUACCAUUUUUUCAGUGUUUUGGCCAGUUUUUGAAGAGUCUCAGACAUUUCAUCCAUAUUUUUGGUUUUUUUUAUGUUAAAGUUAAUCGCAAUCAUCUAAACUGUUGUCAAUUACGAUAAGAUUGAUUAAGAAGAAGAAGAAGAAGACCACCAACAAUGUUGUU